GUAUAGUUUUUAUGGUUGGCAACGUUGCAGUUUUUCAUUGGUAACAUUAGAUACGUUCCGAGUCGUACAACCGCAAUCGGCGUCUGUAUUCGCAACAGACAUACCACAUUGUUUAUUUGUUUGUUAAAUAUUUGCUUCAUAUAAAAUGUCAACGUGUGAAAGAAAUCGUUCUCCGCGUUCGGAUGAGAGUGGAAAUGAUUCCAUGUCUCCCUCGAAGAAGUUUCGUCAAGAAUCUGGUAAAUCAGACAGUAAAAUUCCUUACAUUUCCCAGCCCGUGUACGACCUAAAGCAGACUGGAGAUGUAAAAUUUGGUCCUGGAACCAGAUCACCUUUGCUGGGAUUGCUAGGUGGAGCGCUACCAAAGCUGUCAUCGGAACAACAUGAUGCUGUCAGUAAAGCAAAAAAAUAUGCAAUGGAACAGAGUAUUAAAAUGGUGCUUAUGAAGCAGACUCUUGCCCAUCAACAACAGCAAUUGGCCUCCCAGCGUACUCAAGUACAAAGACAACAAGCUUUGGCAUUAAUGUGCAGGGUUUAUGUCGGAAGCAUAUCAUUCGAGUUGAAGGAGGACACUAUUCGAGCUGCAUUUCUUCCAUUUGGGCCAAUUAAAUCUAUAAAUAUGUCAUGGGAUCCGAUAACCCAGAAACAUAAAGGAUUCGCUUUUGUUGAAUACGAAAUUCCGGAGGGUGCACAACUUGCGUUGGAACAAAUGAAUGGCGCUCUUAUGGGUGGCCGCAAUAUAAAAGUUGGACGACCAAGUAACAUGCCUCAAGCUCAGCAAGUUAUCGACGAAAUACAAGAGGAAGCUAAAAAUUUUAACCGAAUUUACGUUGCAUCUAUACAUCCAGACUUAUCAGAAGAGGAUAUAAAAAGUGUUUUUGAAGCUUUUGGGCCUAUAAUGUAUUGCAAACUUGCACAAGGCACAUCACUCCAUACACAUAAAGGAUACGGAUUCAUCGAAUAUGCCAAUAAGCAAGCAAUGGACGAAGCAAUUGCGAGUAUGAAUCUUUUUGACCUUGGUGGACAGCUGUUAAGGGUGGGACGUUCAAUUACACCCCCUAAUGCGCUGGUUAGCCCGGCUACCAAUUCUACAAUGCCAACAGCAGCAGCAGUUGCAGCUGCUGCGGCUACUGCUAAAAUCCAAGCUUUAGAUGCUGUGGCUAGUAACGCCGUCCUUGGAUUGUCUGCUACAACACCGGCCCUGGGUAUAUCUUCAAUUGGUAACACCAAAGUAGGAACAUUGCCUUUAGCAGCGGCUCCAAGCUCUUUUCACCCUUCAAUAGCUUUACCGGCAACAACAGGGCCUGCGUUCUUAGCGGCUAGCAUUUUUCAAAAUCCCAGUGUUAAUCCUAGCUUGUUAACUGCCACAGCUUCUACUAUACAAGCUGUAACCGCACAAGCUAUUAAUUCUGCUAACAAAACAAUAAUUGCAAAUCCCUCUGGUAUGUCUGUACCAGUUGUAGGUAAGAUUGGAACUGUGACGACUGAGGGUCUCAUAGCUCCACCACAGACAAGUGUUGUUGGCGCUUUAAUAGCAAAAACUGCUGUCUCUGCAACAAAUCAACCAGACAACCAGAAAAAAGCUCAAGAAAAGCAACAAGAAGAGUUACAAAAAAAACUUAUCGAAGAAGGAGAAACACAGACGUUACAGCAGCAAGAGAACAUGUCUAUUAAGGGACAGAGUGCAAGACAAUUCGUAAUGCAACGCUUGAUGAGACCUCAAGAAUCACGGGUUAUAAUUCUCCGCAAUAUGGUUGGACCUGAAGACGUCGAUGAAACCCUGCAAGAAGAAAUUCAAGAGGAAUGCAGUAAAUUUGGAACAGUAAGCCGCGUAAUUAUUUUCAAUGAAAAACAAACUGAAAAUGAAGACGAUGAUGAAGCAGAAAUAAUUGUCAAAAUAUUUGUCGAGUUUUCUAUGGCAUCGGAAGCGGAGCGCGGCAAGGAAGCUCUUCACGGGCGAUUUUUCGGCGGAAGAAGAGUUAUUGCGGAACUAUAUGACCAAUCUCUAUUUGAUCAUGGUGACUUAUCGGGUUGAAUGAUUACUAUAAAUACCUUCAAUUAAAUAUAAUUUAAAUGAUUUAAAAAAAAUAUAAAUAACAUUACCAAAAAUGUGACUGUCGGACUGAACUUUCCGCAACCAAAGUUAAACAUAUAUGUUGGAAUCGUAACAAAAUACGUCGAAUGUAACGAAUUCAAUUUUUAAACGUUUAUUCUUAUUUUGGGGAAAUUGUCAUACAUACAAGUUUAGUAUUUUGAGGAAAAUUAUAAUAACAAUUAUUUCUGCUGACGGUCGAAUUUAGAGUAAUGGUAUCAAACUAAUUUCAUAUUUGUCACAUUCAACAUGGAUAUAUUAAAUAAAGUGUAAAUUGCAAUUAA